AUGACCCGUCACAAACAUAUUCAUGCUGGAGACAAAGCAUAUCACUGUGAUAUUUGUGGUAAAUCUUUCUCUCUGAAUACUAACUUGACUAAACACAAACAUACACAUACAGGAGAGAAGCCAUAUCACUGUGAUAUCUGUGGUAAAUCGUUCUCUCAAAGGAGUGACUUGACUAGACACAGACGUACACAUACAGGAGAGAAGCCAUAUCAGUGUGAUAUCUGUGGUAAAUCCUUCUCUUUGUCCAGUAACUUAAAAACACACAAAUGCGUUCAUACAGGUGAAAAUCCAUAUCAGUGUGAUAUCUGUGGUAAAUCUUUCGCUGUUAGAUGUAGCUUAACCAGACACAAACAUACACAUACAGGAGAAAAGCCAUACCAUUGCGAUAUCUGUGGUAAAUCAUUCGCUGAAAAUAGUAAUUUGACUGCUCACAAAUUAAUUCAUACAGGUGAGAAGCCACAUCAGUGUGAUAUCUGUGGAAAGUCAUUUUCUGUUAGAUUUAGCUUAACUAUACACAAGCAUACACAUACAGGAGAGAAGCCGUAUCGUUGUGAUACCUGUGAUAAAUCAUUCUCUGCUGGAUUUCAGUUAACGAAACAUAAACAAAUUCAUACAGGUGAGAAGCUAUUCAAUUGCGAUACCUGUGGGAAAUCUUUCCCACAAAGUUGUGAGCUGAGUAGACACAAACGUGUUCAUUCAGGAGAGAAAUCAUAUCAUUGUGAUAUCUGUGAUAAAUCAUUCUUUCAAAGUAGUGACUUGACUAGACAUAGACGUACACAUACAGGAGAAAAGCCAUAUUGUUGUGAUAUCUGUGGUAAAUCAUUUUCUCAAAGUGGUGCUUUGAUUAAACACAAACUUACACAUACAGGUGAGAAGCCAUAUCAUUGCAAUACCUGUGGUAAAUCAUUCUCUGUAUCCGGUAACCUGAGAAUACACAAACGUGUUCAUACAGGUGAGAAUCCAUAUCAGUGUGAUAUCUGUGGUAAAUCGUUCUCUGUUAGAUGUAGCUUAACUAGACACAAUCUUACACAUACAGGUGAGAAACCACACCAUUGUGAUGUCUGUGGUAAAUCUUUCACUGAAAUUAGUAAUUUGACGACUCACAGAACCAUUCAUACAGGUGAAAAGCCAUAUCGCUGUGAUAUCUGUGGUAAAUCAUUCUCUGUUAAAUUUCAUUUAACUAGACACAAACAUACUCACACAGGAGAGAGGCUGUUCCAUUGCGAUAUCUGUGGUAAAUCUUUCUCACAAAGUUGUGAGCUGAGUAGACACAAGCGUGUUCAUACAGGAGAGAAACCAUAUCAUUGUGAUAUCUGUGGUAAAUCAUUCGCUCGUAAUAGUCACUUGACUAUUCACAAAUGUACACACACAGGUGAUAAACCAUAUCAGUGUGAUAUCUGUGGUCAAUCAUUUGCUCAGAAUGGUAAUUUGACUACACACAAAUUCAUUCAUACGGGGCAAAAACCAUAUCACUGUGAUAUCUGUGGUAAAUCAUUCUCUCGUAAUAGUCACUUGACUAUUCACAGAUGUACACAUACAGGAGAGAAGCCAUAUCACUGUGAUAUCUGUGGUAAAUCCUUUGCUGUUAGGUGUCACUUAACUAGACACAGACAUACACAUUCAGGGGAGAAUCCAUAA